AUGUCGUCGCCAACACGGCGCGCCCAAGUUCCCUGGUCGAGCAUCCCCACCGAGCUCGCGGGCGUCGUGCUCCGCCGCCUGCCUUGCCAUGCCGACCGGGUCCGCUUCGCCGCCGUCUGCAAACAGUGGCGCGCCUCUGCGCGGCAGACCUCUCCGCCCCCGCACUACCCGUGGCUCGCCUUGCCUGACCGGACAUUCUAUAGCCUGCCGGACUCUGCCUUCCGGCCGCUGCCGCUCCACCUCGACCGCCACCGGCAGCUGCCGCACGCGCAGAGCUCCUGCGGCGAGUGGCUCGUGUUUGAGCGCUACGACGGCGCCUAUACGCUGGUCAGCCCCUUCUCCAUGUCCACCACCAUCCUGCUCCCCGGCCUCUCCGACACGUACGCCCCCAACGUGCCUCUCCUCGUCGCGAACGACCAGCCGGUGCCCGACAUGCUGAAGCUCGUCGUGUGCUCUGACGACCUCGUCGCAGCGAUCGUCAAUGAUAACGAGGCAUUGACGUAUGGCAGCAAGCUUGCCUUGUGCCGGCCAGGGGCGUCCUCGUGGUGGUCCAGCAGACCCGACGAGCUUCGCGUCCUCCAACACAUUGUCUCCUGCGAGGGAAAGCUCUACGCCCUCGACAAGUUCAAUGGGCUCUUCUCCGUUUCCAUCGGCACGGACAGGCGCACCAGCAAUCCGACUGUGUCACGGGUCGAGCGCCUCAUGGGUAGCCCCCGUGGGGUCCUCAAACACUCGUCACGAUACCUGCUUGAAUCUAGCGGCACGUUGCUGCUGGUCUGCAGGGACGACACGAUGCUCGAGUGGUUCAGCAGCGCCGGCUUGAGGAGUGCGCUCAUGGACGGGCUGGAGCUGGAGUUCGAGGUACUCAAGGCGGACGUGGAGAGGUCGCGGUGGACAAGCAUAAGGAGCGUGGGCGAUGACCGGGUGUUGUUCGUCGGGCCAUGGUGCUCCCGAGUUGUUCAUGCUACUGGCGAGCAUGACCCAAUCUACACCGCUGGGAACCGCAUCUUCUUCACGGUGGACCUUAGCGCGAAAAGAUACGAUCAUCGAUACUACGGCUACGGGACACAACAGGAGCCCUUCUACUGCAUCGUCUACGACAUGAGCACGCAGCGGUCGGAGUUGUUCCUGGAGAAGCCGGUGCGCCCGUUAAAGGGCUUCCCGGUGACAUGGCUUUUCCCUCCAACCCAGCGCCAGCUGCGCGACUAA